CGAGCCCUCUCGAGCACCCGACUUACAUCUUGUACCCAUGCGCUAACACGACUUUGUUAUGGGGUGGAAAGGGGGAGGGGAAUGAGCUCACUGGCAGGAUUGAGAUUGCCGCCUACCAUUCAGCAGCUGCUCGCAUCUGCUCCAGAGACACCAAGUUCGGACGAAACGGAUAACCCUUCCAACGCUCCUACCCCGCAACGAGCCCGAACAAUCUACGGUCACCUAACCUCCUUGCGGGUCACAAAGCGCACCGCCUUCCUGCAUCUCUCAGAUGGAUCUACCCACGAACCUCUGCAGGCCGUCCUGAGACCUCGAGAGGCGGAGGGCAUGAGUGUGGGCUGUUCGGUGAGGUUAGAGGGGGAGUUGGUGAGGAGUCGGGGAAGCGGGCAAGAAUGGGAGUUUUCCGUUAAGGAAGGAGGUGCAAGGGUUGUGGGGGCAUUGGAUGUGCAUACCUACCCUUUACAAAAUAAACAAAUUCGCCCCGAAACACUCAGAGAAAACGCGCAUUUGCGAGCUCGCCUCCCCACUGGUAUCUCUCUCCUCCGUGUACGCUCCCUCCUCGCGCGCGAAAUCCAUGCCUGGUUCGAGGAAAACGACUUCUGGAAUGUAAAUGUGCCGAUUUUGACGGGGAGUGACUGUGAGGGUGCGGGGGAGGUGUUUUCUGUUAAGCCAUACUCUAUGGGUCGGGAUGCUGCCUCUGUCUCCUCCCCUGCCCCUUCAACAUCGGAAAAUCAAACAUCGACCGAACUCGCCUCUCCGGAACCCACCCCUCCCUCAUCUACUCCCUCUGCUCGCAUCCCAUCCGCUCCCAAGCCCCAUUCCGUCCUCCACGCCUCCCAGUUCUUCCAUCGUCCGGCCUACCUCACCGUUUCCGGGCAACUACACCUCGAAGCCCUCACCCCCCCUCUCUCAAGGGUGUACACGCUCUCCCCCUGUUUCCGCGCUGAGCCUAGUCUGACCCAUCGACACCUAGCGGAAUUCUGGAUGCUGGAGGCAGAGAUGGGCUGGGUGGAACCUCCCGCUGGUUUGGAGGGGGUCAUGGACGUCCUGGAGGGGAGUGUGAAACGUGUCCUUGGCUCGCUACUGUCCAACUCAGCACUGCGGGCUGAUGUCCAGCUCCUCCGGUCCUCCUCUCCCUCCUCCGAAACUGACCCCCUCGCCCCGUUGCUCACUUGGUCCUCUACCCCCUGGCCUCGGAUCUCUUACACACAUGCGAUCAGCCUCCUUCAGCGCGCGAAGGCCGAGGGGACACACUUCGAGUACGACCCCAAGGUGGGUGAAGGACUGCAGAGCGAGCACGAGAAGUACUUGGCUGGUCUCAUGGGACCUGUAUUCGUCACCCGCUACCCGAGAGGGCUGAAGCCCUUCUAUAUGCGUAUCACCGAGCCUGAAACCUCUGAAGAAGGGGAAAUAGAGACAGUAGAAUGUUUCGACCUCCUCGUACCCCACAUUGGGGAAUUGGCUGGCGGAUCUCUGCGCGAAUCCCGCCUUCCGAUGCUGGAGGCCUCCCUCGCAGCGCACGGCCUGAGCAGGGAGGAGUAUGCAUGGUACUUGGAUCUGAGGAGAUGGGGCGGGGUGCCUACCGGUGGCUAUGGGAUGGGCUGGGAGAGACUAGUGAGCUGGGUUACGGGUAUAGAGAGCGUUCGGGACUGUAUUCCCUUCCCUCGGUGGGCGGGGAAUAUGGUGCUCUAGCAAGCAAAGACCUAAAUCUGGUAUAACCAGACAUUUUAACAUAUGGUACAAGGGCGGUAAUGUACGUAGCAUCAGUACAGCAACACCUAGAACCUCCCCCGUCCCCGUCCGCCUCCCCUGCCCCUCCCACGGCCCCUAUCACCGCCUCUCCCUCUAGGUCCACCCCUUGCGGCCUCUCCUUCCUUCCUCUUCCCCUUGGGCUUGGGCGCGUCGUCCACCAGCAGAGUAUCGAGCGGCAGGGAGUCGGGAAGGAUAAAAUACCGGAUGUUGUUACCCCUUAUACUGAGACUGUCAAGUGUCGUAGGCUCGCGGUUGCGAGAAGAGAGCUUGACGGUCUUCAGGUAGGUGUUCAUCUGCACGUCGACGCCAGUGAUCGUCCCGUGCACAACGCUCCCGUUCUUGAGCUCAAUUGUAACCGUCUCGUUAUUAAGCUUCAUGAGGAACCUUGAAGAUUGUUAGCAUAACUAUGCCAUAAUAGAGGUACUCAACACGUGUUUGCCGUGCCGUGCCGCUCAGGUCUUGUCACGCCGUCGAAAGACGGUUUAUAACACAAAUAGACGCGUAAAUGCAGUCAAGAGACACAAAAUGACCGCACAAAGACGACCAUAGCCCAACGAGGGAAAUAGAGCCGAAUCUCCACACAGGACGUGCCCAAAGGAGUGCGCCCGGCGUGGCAGACCGGCAAACAACGUCGUGCGCCCACAAACGUCCUCGCAGAUAUAUGCAAGGGGGUGCACGACGAGAAGAGAAAUAUUUACCUGACGAGCUUCAUUUUGAACUUUUGACGUGCUGGUUGGCGGUGUUGAGUUGUCGUUGGUCGUCGU